AUGAUCAAGGUAGGAUGGAUGCAGUCUAUCGGCGCGAUCCAGUCGUACCUCGUCCUCCACCAGCUCAGCGACUACACAAACCGUGACGUGGGGUGGAUUAUCGGAGUCUACUCUUUCCUUAGUCUCCUGUUUGGUCUUCAAACCGGGCCGUUGAUGGACUACUACGGGCCCCGAGUCCUGGCUCCCGCUGCUAUGGGCUUUACCGUCCCCAUGUUCUUCCUUCUUGCCGAGUGUGAGGAAUACUGGCAGUUUAUGCUGACUUUUGGGCUUCUGGGUGGGGUCGGUGCUGCAACUACGUCUACCGUGGCUGUCUCGAUGGUUGCCAAGCUCUUCGAUCGUCGUCGCGGCACUGCAAUGGGGUGUGCUCUUGGAGGCGCCUGUCUCGGCGGCGUCAUAUUUCCGCUCUUGUUGCAGCGUACUUUUCCCCAUCUGGGGUGGAAGUGGUCACUGAGGAUCGUGGGCUUCAUAGUCCUUGGCCUGAUGUCUGCUGGCUGGUUGUGUCUGUGUUGGUCGGCGAAACUGCUAAGCCCAACCAUGGCAUCCCAGGCCAAGACAGCAAUGCCGAACUUUACCGCCUUCCAAUCGAAAGCUUUCUCAUUCAUUACCAUUGGCUUUUCUAUGCUGGAAUUUGCCAUGUUCGGGAUCAGCGGCCUCCUCCCUACGUUUGCCUCCAAGGCCGGUUACGGCGAAGAUGUUGGCUUCAUCCUCCUAGCUUUGUCGAAUGGAUGCUCACUUUUCGGUCGAAUUCUUCCUGGAUUUGUGGCUGAUUUUUUAGGCCACUUCAAUGUCCUCAUUGCCAUGAUCCUAGUAACGUCUAUUUUCACUGCAGCGCUUUUCGUUCCCCUGAACGCGGGUUCCGCUGCCCCCCUCUACGCGUUUGCCUCACUCUGGGGGUUUUUCUCUGGCUCCUGGCUUGCCAUGAUACCUGUUUGCGUCAGCAAAACUUGCGAGCCUGCUGCGUACGGCAGAUACUACGGUAUGUUGGGUAGCUGA